UGUAAGUUCACAAACACUCUCGAUUCGACAGACAACAGUUUAACAAAAUGAAACGCUCUAUCAUUCUGCUUGCUAUGAUGAUCGCGGUUGCGAUGAGCGUCCCGACUAGCGACGACCAAUCUGAACAUGUGCUCCAUCGCGUUCGUCGUGGACGUGGUUACCACGGUUCUUUGAAGGGCGUUAACGUCAUCGUUGAUGGUAUCGCAUUGAAGGCCGUCAGCACUGGAGCCAAUAACUUCGUUAGCGGAUACCAAGCCAGUCAAAAUUUCUUGGCUUCAGCCGGCCAUGGAAACUACCUUGCACAACAGGGUGGACUUCAAGCUGCUGCCUGGGCGGCCAGUGGAGCGGCAGCCGCUGGAAAUGCGUACAACGCAGCCGCAAGCUCUGGCGCCGGAUAUCCGUCCAAUGUAGCUGGCUACAAAGGAUUCCCUAGCUAUGGCCGUUAAAAAAGACUUGUUAAACAAACACAGUUAAAUAACAAUCUAUCCCACAUCUCUGCUUCGCAUUUCCGUAAAAAGCUGUUGAUUUUUCUAUUGAUUAUUUGAUUAUGAUAAAGAAUGUAGUGUACGCAACUAUACCAUUGUUGUGAUUCUAUUUACGCAUUCUGACGAUAGAAAAUGACGUGCAAAUAUAAUGAUUAACAAGUA